GGAUGCAGAAUCCCUAACCUCUGUCUGGACAGUGCUGAUUAGACUGCUGAUCACAUGCACUCUCCCCAGAAAGCAAAAACCUCUCUAACAAUACACACAAAACUGAGCAUGUACAAAAUGCCUCGGUUCAGUCUGUCUUUUCAGGAGAUAAGAGGUGGUCGCUUGAUAAAGGGGAGGAACAGAGAAGGAUCAAAUGGCGUUUUUACACAAUGCAGAGGAUUAACCCCUUAGGUUCCACAGUGAGUAUAACAAGCAUGCUUUACUGCAUACACAGACUGAUUUUACUGUUGUGGGUUUAG